CAGUCCACAGUCCCCGCAGGGGGCGUUGGAUGCGUCCGGGCCCUCAGCGCAAGGGCCCGAAGGACUGAUCCGGACCUAGUCAGCCCGCCAGGCCAUGGCGCCCUCAGGGCUCCUUGUGGCCGGCGCCUCCUUCGCCGCCUUCCGGGGGCUGCCCUGGGGACUACGGCUGCUGCCCACGCGGAGAUCUGCUGCUCCGGACUGUUGGAAGCGGCGGAGCAUCUGUGUCUCCCUGGUGCACAGCCUGCUCACUGGGACCAGGCUGCUGCUCGGGUGGGGUGCAGGGCUUAGAGGUUCGGGAGGCAGCGGCGUGAGGGCUGUCGCGUACCUUCAGAUGGCCACCCACCUGAUUCAUGGCCACCAGCCCUGGUGCUGUGGCUGUAUCUAUUAUUUCCUGGCCUACGGAGCUGACAUGCUGUGGAACCCGAUCUUGGGGCAGGCCUGGGACCUUCUCUGUCACCAUUUGCUGGUAGUGAGCUGCCUCAGCACCACCAAUCUGUCUGGCUACUACGUGGGCUUCUCUGUGGUGUCUCUGCUCCUAAAGCUGAACUCUGCCUGCCGGCACCUACGGAAGUUGCUAUUGCUUUCUCACCAGGCCCCAUCCCUGGCCUUUAUCUUGGCCAGCUGGGCCACCAAAGCCCUCUUCCACCUGGUGCCAUUGGGGUGCAUGAGUCUGUGACUUAUCCAGCAGCAUCACUGGGUGCCAACUGCUCUGGUUGUCUUUGGUGGAACUGGGCUGGUCACUGUGGGUGCCAUGAUCAUCACAGUGGGUAUUUGCAUUUUGGUCAGUGAUGUCCUGCAAUCUCGGCCCCACCCACCCAUCCCUGGGCACAAGGAAACCAGGGGCACCAGGACAUGUUGUGAUGGUGAGCCUGUCACCAAGGAUGAUUGCACUCUCAGCCUAAAAGACUAGAGAGAAGCCUCAGCCUCCUCUUCAGCCGGCCCUGGGCUAACUCACACCCCUCCCCCAUUCCGAGGAUCUAAGAAGAAAUGCUGACGUUCCUGGAUGGAUGGACUGGGCUUUUGUUCUCUGAAUUCCAUCAUCAAAUGACCACCUUUUCCAGCAAACUAACUCAGGAGGAAGAUUAGCCCUGAGCUAACUGCUGCCAAUC